GAAGUUCACGGGAGCCUGUGGGAGAUCGGAGCUUCGACGCUGGACGAAUUCGAGAGGAGGCGCAGCGAGGAAGGCGUCGGAACACGGUGGAACACGGUGGAACGGCCGAGGGAGGAAGCGACUGUCGCUCGGCGUUCUUCGUUCUGCUCCAGGCUCGUGCGAUUUGGGCAUGGAUCGAAUCGGGAUGCGCUCCUAGAUUGGGUGGGCCUUUUUCUUGCUGGUAGCUUGCCAUGGGAAUUUCGCAAGCGGAAGUGAAAUUGAGAAGGUUACUGGCUGCGGCUCCUCGCCAGAGCAAUCACGCCAAGUUGCUUCAUUAUGUCGCGGCCAUGCGGGAGCAGUUGGCUCUGCUUACCGGAGGAGGAGGAGGAGGAGUCGAGGGCUUGAAUCAGGAUCUCCGCCACAUCUCCGAGGCUAAAGCAGCCGAGUACGCCAAGAGCAUCGAUGAGGUUGCGGAGAAAAUCGAUACCGGCACAUCACCCGACGUUUGGGAAUCGCUGCGAAGCAUCGAUGACGUCGGGAUGAAUUGUAGACCUAGAUUGGAUGUCGAGAUGGAUGAGCCUAUGCUCGCCCCUCCAACUCUCUCUCCUAACCUCAGAAGACGAAGAUUGCAGAUGAAAGAACAGGAUGAAGAGAAGAAGGUGGAAGGUCUGAAGCUGGAUGCCGCGUCAAACGAAACGAUCAGCAAGCAUCGACAGAUUCAAGAGGCUUUGACGGAUGAGAUGGCUCUUCUGUCCGAGCAGAUGAAGAACAAUAGCUAUAUGCUGGAGAAGACAUUAAAGGACACGGGUUAUCUCGUGGACGAUGCCGGGGCAGCAGUGGAGGUCAAUAUAGGCGCCACAAAUCGCGUCAAUGAGAGGGCCGGCAUAAUAUACAAGUCGAAUUGGAAAACUGGUUGUUACACCUGGUUGAUACUCAUUCUUAUGAUCUUCAUUUUUAUCUUUAUGGUUGGGUUGAUAAGGCUCACUGGUUAGAGCUUUUGAAAUAUCCGAACACUUUGUUGCAAACUGAACUAUGUACCCACUACUGGCAGCCGGGUCUUGCCAGGCCAUCAGCCGUGAUUCUUCUCUCAGCUGAAUACGAGCUGACAAGUCUACAGACGAAAGCAUCUUCUGGCAAUUGGCCUGCGGGUAGUGGGAUAGUUCACGAGGUCAUCCGAAGUAUGCUCACAUGCGCCUGUGAAUAAUCCUUCACAUUGGAACUUUUUAACGACCUACAAGACCUGCGGGAAAUAGAGACUUUCAGAAUCUGGAAGCAUUCGGGUUGAUUCGGAUUAAGUGAGAGUCCAGGUGCUGUUUCUAUGAUCAUUCGAAAAUUGCAGACCUUGUUAGUAAGAAAACAUGGAAAGACCUCAUUGUGAUGGCUUCCUCUUCAGAUGUGCAAUUUCCAGAUUUAUGGUCUGUAUUAAGAACUUGGAACUCAAGUACAAAACUUAGGGGAAAAGCUCCCUCUUCAAGCGUUGCUGAGGAUAAGCUCCUCAGAUGUAGCAACUUAGAAGAUAGAGGAGCUGGCCUUUCAGAUUUCUAUAAGAAAGUUGUUAGUUGUACAUGUAUCUUUUUCAGAUAGUAUUGGUUUCUUUCUGGCUGUUUCUGGAUGAAAGGAGGAGCACCCAUAGCCUUCGCUUGAGUUCACGGCACAGACCAUAGAUCAAUCUGUUCUUGCCACUUGUAAAAUAUGCACGUCAACAUGGUGGUGUCCUUUUACAUCUG